GAAUUCAAACAUCAUAGUGUGAAUAUUGACGCGCUCCGCCACGCCUGGCUCACACCCGCGUGGUCAAGUGUUCAGUCAGGCACUUGGAAGGUACUGCGGCUGAGGCAGACCAGGCACUGACAGACACACUGUUAGUGUCAGUCAGUGCCCACUCAGCCGCUGAGGGGGUCGGGUGUGUGGUAGAGUGUCUCCUUGCGAUCUGCAGCUACCUUCGUUCUGCCGCGUCACACCUGCCUUCCUGACCCUCGCCCAGCCCCAGGAACGCUUAUUGCAUGCCACACCAGUCUGCAGACAGAUGCAGAUGGCGCUGUCUGAUGUUCGACAGUUUCGGGACACUCAAAACCAUCUCAGAAAAGUUUAGUUACCUUCAAUACUUUCAAGAAUCUGUGGACAGCUUCAGCCAACUCCUGACACCUUCAGGAAAUUCCUCCUGUCGGGUGAAGCCAGCUGAGGAGGGCUUGAGGCGCCUUCACGUGCAAGUAGAAUAGGAAAUCAGCGUACCCCGAAGGCUGGUCGCUAUGAGAAGACAGCUCGUCCAUAGCAUCAUUGUGACUCUCGUGGGACACACCUGUAGCGGCCUCAGCGAGCAUGGCAUGGUGGUGGUGUCGCGCGCCAAGAGGCAAGCUGAACCCGCGUCCCCUUCCACUACUGCGUGCCUAACCGUGGACGACCUGUCAGCGCAGUGCUCCGAUUGGGUGGGCCAGACGAAACGACCCAUUAACCCUACCCUGCGCGCGGUGGUGCCCGAGGGAUACGACCAGUACGUGCUGCCUAAAACUCCUGACGGGGGCCCUCUACCCGUCUAUAUCAGCGCGAAAGUGAGGGACAUUCAGAAGAUCGACGAACAGAACAUGGAGGUGACGAUCGAGUGGUACCUGAGGCUGUUCUGGGUCGACUCGGGCCUCACACCUCCCGCCAACAUCACGGAGGACCAGUGGCAGAAUGUGGCGCCUGACAUCACGGACUACAUAUGGCUGCCCACCACGUACAUAGACCACGCCAAGGAGGUGACCAAGCCCACGCUGCUCAUCCGCCCGGAGUCCUUCAGGAUGAAAAAUAGCGGCCUCAUCAGAUACUCCAUGGCGGUCACCACGAGGAUGUCCUGCCCCAUGGACUUCAGCGCCUACCCCUUCGACCACCAGGUGUGCUACUUCAGAAUGGAGAGCUACCAGUUCACGUCCAAGCAGGUCUCGUACAAGUGGUUCAAUCCAGUCAUCGAGCGCUCCAACAACAUUCGUCUUGGCCAGUUCGACUUCGACUUCUACAGCGUGCAGCAGCAAAACACCUCACACACCACAGGCAGCUUCCCCCUGCUGAUGGUGGAGGUGGUACUAAAGAGACGCAUCAGCUACCACCUUAUGAAUACUUUCCUGCCCUCUGGCCUCUUCGUGUGCGUCUCCUGGCUCACCUUCCUCGUGCCCGCAGACCAGAUCCCCGGCAGGAUGGUCCUCACGAUCACGACGCUGCUCACUCUUGUCUCCAUGUUCGCCGCCGUCAGGGAGGAGAGCCCCAAGGUGUCGUAUGCCAAGGCGGUGGACCAGUGGAUGAUCAUGUGCAUCAUCUUCGUGUUCCUGGUGCUGUUUGAGUUCACCGGCGUCAUCCGCAUGUACGAGCUGGGGCGGCGGGCGGCUGAGAAAGACACUAAUAGCUCAACCGAACGCACUCACGCAUCUAUUCCCUCCACCACCACCCCUAAUAGAGUGCCCACCGCCACCUCACCACCCUCCGAAGCUUCCUCUCAGCCCAGUGUGAUCCCUUCAACCAUCGACCUAGUGAGCCACGCGUCGAGGAGGAGCAUGCAGAAGCAGCAGCGGGUGUGGGGAGACAAGGAGGUGGUGGCGAGUGAGGAGGACGGGACGAGGAGCAAGCAGGGGGGGAGGCAACAAAAGGAGGAGCAGGGCGAGGGAUGUGCUUCUACCUGCUUACCCGAGGCCUUCCUAUAUACCUCGGUGAAGCCAGUGGGCGAGGCGGUAAAAGUCAGGAAAGGCGGCUCGAGUUGGCGGGACUGGGGUGACCGCGUGGAGAGCUGGAGCUUGAAGGUGUUCCCGCUUUUGUUCGUAGUAGGCAACCUGUGCUACUGGGCGUACUGGCUCGGGAGGAGACGGUAGCCACGUCAGAACAUAAACCGUUCUGUGCAUCACCUGAUCUACGUUCACUACAUCACGUUCU